AUGAAUUGGUGCCUUGUGAAAAUUUUCUUGGUGACUUGUGCAUUGGUGCUAUGUGUCAGUGAAGAGAUUUCAAGUGAAGAAGAAUCAGAUGAAUUAGAGUUGGAAAAUCCUGGUCGGAAUAUCAAUUCUGACCAAUCUGACAGUUAUGAAGACACUUAUAGCGAAAGGGACUAUUCAAAAUACGAAGAAGAUCCCGAUCAUGAUGACUACUACCACGAAGAUGACGAAGAAAGGAGAAAGCAUCAUCAUGGACAUGGAUCUCAUCAUCAUGGAUCUCACUAUGUAAUACCAGUAACACAGAAACCCAGACCUCCCACAACUACGGAGAAAGGUCCUAUUCCUCUUCCAAAUCCAAUUCCAAAAUCCUGCCCGAGAUAUGAGGAAUAUCACGAUUGUGGAUCACCUUGCCAAGUUGAGUGCUCAAAUCUUGGUCAAAAGUGUCAAAAAAGCAGCGCCCGGUGCAGUGACGGUUGCUACUGUAUUCCGGGAUUUGCGAGAAAGUAUCCUAAUGGUCCCUGUGUUCCACAGUCAAAGUGUCCACAACCCUACUGUCCGGAUAAUGAGGUGUGGCUUGAUUGCUAUCAAGCACCUCCAUGCGAUCGGGAGUGUUCACGCUUGGGGAAACCUUGUGAUAGAGUGGGCGGCAGUUGCAAUGCUGGAUGUUUCUGCCGAUAUGGCUAUGCUCGAGACUCAAAUACCGGAGAAUGUGUAUCGAUAGGUAGGUGUUCGGCACCAGAACCUCAAUGCGCAAAGUACGAAGAAUACAGGACAUGUGGCUACCGCUGCAAAGAAGAUUGUGAUAGUUCCAGUUGCAAAUAUGACAAGAGACCUUGCGAGAAAGGAUGCUUCUGUCAGCAGGGCUAUGCUCGACAUCCUAAUUCAGGAGUAUGCGUACCCUUUGGUAAAUGCCCGGCACCGGAACCCCAAUGCUCAAGCAAUGAAGAAUUCAAGUAUUGUGGCUACCGUUGUUCAGAAGACUGCGACAGUACCGCUUGCAAGUACAGCAGAGGACCUUGCGAGAAAGGAUGCUUCUGUAGACCAGGAUACGCUCGACAUCCAAAUUCAGGAACCUGCGUACCUAGCAGCAAAUGCCCAGCACCGGAGCCCCAAUGCUCGAGUUAUGAGGAAUACAGAUCAUGUGGCUACCGCUGCUCAGAAGACUGCGACGGUACAGCUUGCAAGUACAACAAAGGAUCUUGCGAGAAGGGAUGUUUCUGUAGACCAGGAUACGCUCGACAUCCUGAUUCAGGAAACUGCGUACCUAAAAGCAAAUGCCCCGUACCGGAACCCCAAUGCUCAAGCAAUGAAGAAUUCAGGUCAUGUGGUUACCGCUGCACAGAAGAUUGUGAUAGCGAGAGUUGCAAAUACGACAGGCGUCCCUGUGAGAAAGGAUGCUUCUGUGCACUAGGCUACGCAAGGAUCGAUGGAAACUGCGUCCCAAAGUCAUCAUGUAAAACAUGUCCGGAUUACGAAACAUACUUAAAGUGUGGAAAUUCAUGCAUGGAGUCCUGCUACGAGGAUUCAUCGAAAUGUCGGACUUGUGAGAGAUCAGGAUGCUUCUGCAUUGACGGAUACUCUAGGAUCAACGGGGUUUGUCGUCCAGACAAAGAAUGCCCAAAUAAGCAAUGUCCGGCUUUUGAAGUUUACUUAGAAUGUGGAAGUUCAUGUCAAGACAAUUGCGAUAAAAGUCAAGUUUGCGCAGAUGUGUGUGUUCCUGGCUGUUACUGCGCACCCGGCUAUGCUAGGGUCGAUGGCAAAUGCGUACCACGUAAGAAAUGUCCUGCUCAAUGUCCAGAAAACGAACACUACCUCUCCUGUGGCAACAACUGCAUAGAUCACUGCGAUAGAGAUCGCUUAGAUUGUCCUCCAGAUUGCAUUCCAGGAUGCUACUGCAACAAUGACUACGCCAGGAUCAACGGGAAGUGCGUACCGAGAAAACAAUGUACGCAGUGUAAAUUUAACGAAGAAUAUCUAACCUGUGGCAAUGCAUGUCAAGACUUGUGCGAUACCUCAGCUGUACGAUGCACAGACGAAUGCAUCCAAGGAUGUUUCUGUAAGACUGGUUACAGUCGCAUCAACGGUGUAUGCGUUCCACGUAGUAAGUGCUUCCAAUGCGCAUCGGGAGAGGAAUAUACAAACUGUGGAAAUUCUUGCUUGGAACGAUGCGAUAGAGCUACAAUUGCCUGUCCGUUCAAUUGCGAAGAGGGAUGUUUCUGUGCUUCUGGCUUUUCAAGAAUCAGUGGAAAAUGCCUUCCGAAUGAGUUCUGCCCUAAGUGCGGCAAGAACGAAGAGUAUCAAUUCUGUGGCAAUCACUGCUUGGAAAAAUGUGGCAGUAAUGACUGCCCAACUGAUCUCGUCUGCAGUGGUGGUUGCUACUGCAAGAAGGGCUUCAAGAGAGACGGGAAGCUUUGCGUUCCCGAAGCACAGUGCCCUGCUAAAUGCGAAGGACCAAAUGAAGUUUACUCGACUUGCGGUAAUGACUGCACCGACCUAUGUCCUGAUCCUAAUCGCCUAUGUACUCAAGAGUGCUACGGCGGAUGCUUCUGUGCGGAGGGAUACAGUCGCGUAGACUACAGCAGUCCAUGCAUUCCAACUGAUGAAUGUCCAAAGACAUGUCCAGGAAAGAACGAACAGUACUACGAAUGUGGAAAUUCAUGCUUCGACAGCUGUCCAGAUCCCAGUCAGAACUGCAAUCUUAACUGCGUACAAGGCUGCUUCUGCCGUCCGAACUAUGCUCGAUUGGUUCCCGGUGGACCCUGUGUUCCUAAUACGAAAUGUCCGAACCCAUGUCCAAGACCAUUUGAAGAACUCAACAACUGUGGAAACAACUGCACGGAACUCUGUCCACGCUAUGGAAGGGUGUGCGAUAGAAAUUGCUGGAAGGACUGCUUUUGCGAGGACGGAUACUACCGACCGGGCUACAACGAACCCUGCAUUCCAAAAUCAAAAUGCCCAGUACUUCCUGUUUGCAAGGGACCUAAUGAGGAGAUCCGAGAUUGUGGAAGCCGUUGCGAUGAUGAUUGUCCAGGAAUCAUUUACGAAUGUCCCAAUGAUUGUCAAGUCGGUUGCUACUGCAAGCCUGGCUUCAAGCGACUUACAAGAGAUGGCCAAUGUGUUCCUGUGGACAAGUGUCCCAGUGUCUGUACGAAGGCAAAUGAGGAGUUUACAGAAUGUGGAAGUCCUUGCCGUGAAGCUUGUCAGUAUCCUGAUGCCUUGUGUACUGACGAAUGUUACCUAGGUUGCUACUGCCAGGCGGGGUACUCUCGCAUCAACGGCGAAUGCGUACCAUCUUCCGAAUGUCCAAGCGUAUGUAGUGAUCCCAAUGAGUUCUACACUCAAUGUGGAAACCGUUGUGGAGAACUCUGUAACAGUGUCAACUGCCCAACGGUUUGUGAAGUAGGAUGCUUCUGUAAACCUGGUUUCAAGCGUGACAGUUUGGGUGGAAAGUGUAUCCCUGAGAAACAGUGUACUCUAAGUUGUACGAAACCCAAUGAAGAAUAUACAGAUUGCGGUAAUCCCUGUACCGAAGGAUGUCCGUACCCAACGCGAGUAUGUCCAGCGGUCUGCUACACCGGAUGCUACUGCAAGGCUGGGUAUUCAAGGAUCAAAGGAAAAUGUGUGUCGUCAUCUAACUGCCCAAAUCUCUGCACUAAUCCCAACGAAGUUUUCAGCGAAUGUGGAAGCCAUUGCGCUGAGGAGUGCAACAGUGAAGCCUGUCCGGAAAUUUGUGAAACAGGAUGUUUCUGCCAACCUGGCUACUCUCGCAAGGACGGAGUUUGCGUACCGACAGAGGAAUGUCCACCAAAAUGCGAAGGUUUCAAUGAAGUCUACACCGAUUGUGGUAGUUCUUGCCGAGAACAGUGUGGACAGAAGUUCUGUCCUGACAUCUGUGAAGAAGGAUGCUUCUGCGCACCGGGAUACUCAAGGAUCAAGGGAGUUUGUACUGAAACCAUCAGUUGUCCAAAAUGCGCAAAGAAUGAGGAAUACACGUACUGUGCAAGUGGAUGUACGGACCCUUGCAACUUGAAGGAUGCUCUUUGCAAGGACGUUUGCAGGGAGGGAUGCUUCUGCAAGGACAACUACAGCCGAGUCACCCCAGGCGCCCCAUGCAUUCCAGACAGCCAAUGUCCAGACAUCCCUCCUCCAGUUACAAACGCAACUUGUGGACAGAAUGAAGUUUACACGGUUUGUGGUCGAGCUUGCCAGACGACCUGCGACAAUUUGGGUACCGAAUGCCAAAUUGUCAAUAUAAGAUGCCCUGAUGGGUGCUACUGUGCCCCAGGGUACGCGAGAGUCUUCGAGGGAGGAUGCUGCGUGGAGCAGAGCAUUUGUCCGGUCUCUCCCUGCGGAGACCAUGAACUGUGGCUGGAGUGUGGAGAACCCAGACAGGCGAUUCCCUGCCCACAGAGAUGCGAAGACGUGGGGAAGAAGUGCAUUGAAGAGUAUCCUCAGUGCUCUUCAACCUCCUGGGGCGGAUGCUACUGUGAACCCGGGUAUUCCCGCACCCCAGAUGGCACAAUGUGCAUUCCCUCAGGUGAAUGCAGCUCCUGGGGCUUUCUAAGAACCGUCCAGAAGGAUUUCCUGGAGGAAUAUUAGCCGGGAACGCCUCUACCUAACCUCACUUUUCAGCAAGGGAGAAAUUGACAAAUUGGAGAAAAAUUUAGAACAAUUCAAUAAAAAUCCCUACGCUACGGUGAUUAAUACAA